GGAGAAGGGGCAGCCUAUAAAAACUCAAGCAAUUUGAAAAUAUCGCUUCAUAGUUAUGAAAAUACUCGUGUCAAGAUGAAGUGUCAACUACUUCAGGGGUUAUUUCUGGCUUUUAUGCUGGGACAAGCAGUUGCUAUGAUUAUGGUCAAUACGGGUGGAGUACAUGAUACUAACAAAUUCAGUUCUGAAUCAACGGCUCCAGCAAGUGCCCCUGCUACAACGACAGCUAGUGGGACAACUACAACAACAACUGGCGGAAUAACACCAGCAGAUAUCUCAAGUCUUUUAUCCAUCCUUGGACCUUUAUUAACAUCCCUCAAUGCAUUACCAUCAACAGGGUUGUCUGCAACACCCUUCAACAUUCAGUCUCCUGCACCAUUUGGCUGGCCUGGAACCACUAGAUUUGGUGGAGGUCUAGGUGGUGGUUCAUCGUUGACACCCAACCUAUUUGCACCCUCGACAUCAAAUUUGCGUGAUAUAACGGAUCUGGUAACCACCAUUUACACUGUCAAUAAUAAUAACAAUGCCCGUUUCAAUCAGGUCCUGCCACAAUAUAACCCCUAUGAAUAUAGGGAGUAUUACACUCCACCAGUAGUUCAGUAUACCCCUCAAAAAUUUCUUUAUGAUCAGACGAUGUUUCCCAAUUACCAAUUGAAUUUUAGAUAAUGAAUUUAAAUAAAAAGAAAUAGAUUUGUAUACAAAA